AUCACUUGGCUUGUGAAUUCAUUAAUUCCUGCGAAAUGGAACCUCGAAUCAAUGACCUUCAGGUGGAAUCUCGGGUUCAUGAGUUGCUCGAUUUUCCGGUUCAUACAAACCAGAUAUCCUCUGCAAUCUACGAGUGUCCCAACGACCACAUCGAAAACCCUAAGAAGAAACCGUACAAUUGUCCACACUCAGGAGCCAAGUGUGAUGUCACAGGAGAUAUUCAAAGGCUACUACUGCAUCUAAGGAAUGAUCACAAUGUUGAAAUGAGUGAUGGGCGUAGUUUCAGUCACAGAUAUGUUCAUCAUGAUCCUAAACAUCUUCAUCAUGCUACUUGGAUGUUAACACUUCUCGAUUGUUGUGGUCGAAAAUUCUGCUUGUACUUCGAAGCGUUUCACCUGAGGAAAACACCAAUGUACAUGGCCUUCAUGCAGUUUAUGGGAGAUGAAGAAGAGGCAAUGAGCUUCAGCUAUAGUUUGCAGGUCGGAGGGAAUGGCAGAAAGCUGACAUGGCAAGGCGUGCCGAGGAGCAUUCGUGACAGUCACAAGACGGUUCGUGAUAGUCAAGAUGGCUUAAUCAUCACUCGCAAAUUGGCUUUGUUCUUCUCUACCGACAACAACACCACCGACAAGGAGCUGAAGUUGAAGGUUUCAGGUCGUGUAUGGAGAGAACAGCCUGUUUCGAUAUGAAUUCGAUAAUUAGGUUACAGAAUUGGACAACUAUAGAAUAUUUGGUGACAAAAAUAUCUUUUCUUGAUUUAAAAAUUAAAUAUAGCAAUUUCGAGGGAAAUGUGUAGGUAAACUGGUGAUUAUGGCUCAAUCCCCUUCACAAGGGGGGAAUAAACAACACAAUCACCACAUUUUUGCUUCACAAUUCAACUGAAAAAAAAGAAGAAGCACAACAGAGCCUGAGAGGCCAUAGGGUUGGAUAAGGAAUAGGAGCCGAGACUUAGAAACAUAUUUCUCUCGUCCUUCAACAGUUUUUACUAAUAAGUCUCAAGAUACAGUUCGGCCAUAGCUUAACGAUGCAAGGUAGAGAUUCUUUCCCCAUUUUUCCUGCACAACAGAAAAUUGCAUCUCCGGUAUUGUUCAUGGGAAGGGAGAAAAAGAGUUCAAGAUAUUGAUUAGUAAUCUUUUAUAGCUGCUCUACUCACCUUGACGUGUGUGCUGGGGAAUUGAGAGGUACGUAACGUCUCUUGUGUCUCAUCAACAAGUCUACGACGUGGGAUGCUUAGGAUGAGAGCAGCUUGAUCGGUUGUGGCUGCUGUUGAUGUGAUUCUGAAUCCACCAUCCCAACGCCUGUGGAUGCCUUCACUUGGAUACAGAAAAUCAAGUUCCACAACCUGUAGAGGAGAUAUAAGCGAAAACAGGAGAAUUAGAAAUCAACGCGACAGAUCCAAAACUGAAGGAAACGGAAGAAAUUCAUCUAUAUCGGUGAAGUCUAACCUGUUCACUGUAGCCAGAAUUGCGGGACAUAACAACACCCCAUCGAUUUCCAGCUGUUGCCAUUGAGGUUACAUGGAAGCCUUCUCUCCAUUUCUUGUUUAUCCACUUGAACGGGAAUGAAUCGCUUACUUUGUAAGACUGCUGUGUAUACUGCGUACCUUCAUAAUUCAUUUGAAAACCAAACAUAGAAUAAGCCACAAAUUCAGAGACUAGUAAAAUACCA